UAGAGAGAAAAAUGAAAGAGCCGUUAAAAGGAAAGAAAUUACCGCGUGUCUCGGCAGCCCAAGGCUUCCCUCCAUUCAAACAUAGCCCUUUUCUUUUCUUCCGCUUUCCUCUCCAUUAUUUUCCUUUCAUCAACAGAUCCUUCAAUUUCUCUCUGUUUCCUUCCAACCAGUUUCAGUGUCUUAGGCACAUUUCAACUGGUGGAAUGGAGACAUCUUGAUGAGAUAACAUCGAAAAUUCUGCAUUGUCAAGCAGUGCCUGUGGGCUAUAAUUCUUUGUUAGCCUUCUCAGGCCAAAAGGGUUGAAAUUUAGGAUUCUUGAAGCAUCAUAUUAUUAAGGGAAAGCUUAUGGUUAUGGUGGGAGGAGACUCUUCUUGAAUCUAUUAAUAAUUUUAAAAUUUAAAUAGUUCUAGCAUGAUAAGAUGAUACAAUUAUUCUGGCACAUAUCUGCUGUGAUGAUGAGAGAACUACUACGCAAAUGCAUGUGGCACAAAGUUGAUUGGAGAAAGCUGCUUUUGGCUAGUGCCAUAGCCACAGCAUUUGGGAUUUUCAUUCCGAACUCUUUAGUUCCUUAUCCAAUGAAUGUGUGGCUGCUUUCUUCGCCUGCAACAGUUUCAUCAUCCAUAUCCUUGAAUGGUAGCAUUCAGUUAAGUGGGGCAGUAACCAAGGCAAAAGUUGAACAAAUUCAUCCUGUUCCAACUAGUCCUAUUCUUUCAGUGAAUCCCACAGUUCCAUCUAAGGUAGCUAGAGAUAAAGUCUCUCAAAAUAGAAAUCCUGUAGCCAGAAGGAGAAGAAAGAGGAAUAAGGCAAAUGAUGAUGCAAAGGUUGUACCUCCUGUGCCACCUCGCAUUCCUCCGCCACGUAAGUUGCAGAGAUACAUCUGGUCCUUGUCACCAAAUGAUGCCCUCUUGUAUGCUAAAAAAGAGAUUGAGCAUACCCCAGUGAUUAGUGAUGAUCCCUAUCUGUAUACUCCAAUUUUUCGAAAUGUUUCAGUUUUCAAGAGGAGCUAUGAGUUGAUGGAGCUGAUACUCAAAGUUUACAUAUACCCUCAUGGAAAAAGGCCCAUCUUUCAUCAACCCCCUCUCAAAGGAAUUUAUGCAUCUGAAGGAUGGUUUAUGAAGUUGAUGGAGGAAAACAGAGAGUUUGUUACAAGGGAUCCAGAAAAGGCUCAUUUAUUUUAUCUUCCAUACAGUGCAUACCAGCUAGGGAGAGCACUUUAUGUGCGUAACUCGCAUAAUCUGGAACCAUUGUCAAUAUUCAUGAGGGAUUACGCAAAUAUGCUCGCUGCAAAGUAUCCCUUUUGGAACCGCACACAUGGGAUGGAUCAUUUUCUUGUUGCCUGCCAUGACUGGGGUCCAUACGCAUUGACUAUGCACAGGGAACUAACAAAAAAUACCAUAAAAGCUCUAUGCAAUGCUGAUGCAUCUGAGGGUAUUUUUGAUGCUAACAAAGAUGUUUCCCUACCUGAAACAACAAUAAGAACUCCAAGGAGACCUCUUAAAAAUGUUGGUGGUGGGAUAAGAGUAUCACAGCGUCCAAUCCUUGCUUUCUUUGCUGGAAACAUGCAUGGUCGAGUCCGCCCACUGCUUCUCCAGCAUUGGAAAAACAAAGAUGAAGACAUGAAAAUUUAUGGACCUCUACCCACUAGAGUAUCUCGAAAGAUGAGUUAUGUUCAACACAUGAGAUCUAGUAGAUAUUGUAUUUGUCCGAUGGGCUACGAAGUGAACAGUCCUCGGAUCGUUGAGGCCAUAUAUUACGAGUGUGUUCCUGUGAUCAUAGCAGACAAUUUUGUUCUCCCUUUUAGUGAUGUGUUAGAUUGGAGUGCUUUCUCUGUUUCUGUGGCAGAGAAGGAUAUUCCCAAACUGAAGGAGAUUCUAUUGGCUAUCCCAAUGAGAAGAUAUCUCACAAUGCUAACUAAUUUAAAGAUGCUGCAGAAACAUUUUCUCUGGAACCCAAGACCCCUCAGAUAUGACUUGUUCCACAUGAUUCUGCAUUCCAUCUGGUUUAGCAGGUUGAACCAGAUUCAAAUUCCAGAGUCACAGUGAAUCCUUACAUGUUCUAGCAAAUUGUAGAUGAUCACGGAUGAUGGGCGAAACGAGCUGAAGCUUGUGACAGUUCUGGUUGGGAUUAUGGACCUGAUAAGGCAUCCCCGUGACAGAAUAUUGCUGUGAUAUUGAUUUCCUUAUUGUACAGAUGUCGUGAUAUUGCCUUCCUUUUGUAGAGAUGUCAUUAUCUCUUAAAUUAGUCAUUAUCUUAGACUCUAAUUUAGCCUUUAUCAUAGGCUGUAGAUUUUAUCCUUCCAUUCUUACGAACACUGUAAACACACAAUAAAGAAUAGAUCAUUCUUUCUUCUUCCUUUAAACUCUGACAUAUGGAAAUUAUAAAGAAAAGAAAG